AUGCGAUGGACGUCCUUGACCGCCCCACCGCAAGUCCAACUCUGGCUGGUGGCUGGCCUGUCAAGAGCUGCGAGAACGUUGUUGUCUGGCUCCACUAGUUCGCCCUCACCCCACUCCCACUACCCCCCUUCCUCGCCCCCAACAACAACUUCCGUGCUUCCUCUCCUCCAUGGCAACUGGGAUUUGCACGCGGCCCUCCACGACCAUGUACAGGGGUGGCGGGAGGAGAACGGGCAGGCAUGGAGCGAGUGGCUGAUGAGCCUGAGCGCGCAACAGGUGCACAACUGGGAGCAGUGGACAACGUGCCUCAACCUCUGGGCCCUCGGCGCGCCCCUCGGCGGCCUCAAGUUCACGCCCGGCUCACUGUCCGGGCUCUAG